AUGAUGAAGAAGUUGAGUAUUGCCAUAAUUAUUUCAUUCCUAUAUUUUCUAGCGAACUUUUCUGCAGCUCAUUCUGCUGUCCUUGACAUAUCAAAAUUUGGUGGAUCACCAAAUGCAGAUAUUACCCAGGCUUUCACCUCUGCUUGGAAUGAAGCAUGUGCAUCAACAAGUGCGGCCAAAAUAGUGAUUCCUUCUGGUACAUACAAGAUGGGUGUGUUAGAAGUUAAAGGUCCUUGUAAGGCUCCUGUAGAAGUUCAGGUGGAUGGCACAAUUCAAGCACCUGGGAACAAUGCUGACCUUAAAGGAGCUGAACAAUGGAUCAGGUUUGAUGGUAUAGACUCCCUUACCGUAUCAGGGAAAGGAGUUUUUGAUGGUCAAGGUGCAGCUGCAUGGAAAGAUGCUUCAAUUGCUUGGAAAGAUAAAUCUCAUGGAAGACGUGCAAUUAGUUUGUAUUUUGCUUAUUGCAACAACUCCAUGGUCACUGGAAUUACAUCUAAGGACAGCAAAUAUUUCCAUUUUAUGGUUUUGGGGUGUAACAAUAUCACAUUUGAUGCGGUCACAAUUACAGCCCCCGAUGAAAGUCCUAAUACUGAUGGAAUCCACCUGGGAAGAUCAAAUGGUGUUACAAUUAUUAAUACCAAUAUUGGUACUGGAGAUGAUUGCGUAUCAUUGGGUGAUGGUAGCAAAAAUGUAACGGUGCAAAAUGUGAAUUGUGGACCUGGACAUGGUAUUAGUGUUGGAAGUCUUGGAAAGUAUCCAAAUGAAGAGAAUGUAGCAGGUUUUAUAGUUAAGAAUUGUACUCUGACAGAAACUGAAAAUGGUGUGAGGAUUAAGACUUGGCCUGAUACACCAGGAAAAAUUACUGUUACUGAUAUGCAUUUUGAAGAUAUUAUCAUGAAUAAUGUCAUGAACCCUGUCAUCAUUGACCAAGAGUAUUGUCCAUGGAACCAGUGUUCCAAAAAGAAUCCAUCAAAAAUAAAGCUAAGCAAGGUUACAUUCAAGAACAUUAAGGGCACAUCCGGUACAGCAGAAGGAGUGAUUAUUAUUUGCAGUAGUGGUGUACCAUGCGAUGGUGUCGAGUUAAAUAAUGUUGAUCUCACAUUCAAUGGAGCACCUGCAGUAGCUAAAUGUUCUCAUGUCAAUCCAUUAGUUACAGGAAAAGCUCCUGUUUGUGGAGCUACAGCUUCAGCUUCAGCUUCAACAUCACCUUCAGCUUCACCAGAUUCAGCUUCAGCAUCACCUUCAGCUUCACCAGCUCAAGAGUCGACUCUCGAAAAGUCACCUUCUAAAAGAGAAAAGUCACCUAAAAAACAAAAGUCAGCUUCUAAAGAAGAAGAAGAAAAAGAAGACGACGACUAG